AGAUAUUGUCGAAUGGCUAGUACUCGAUGUCUGCGGAUGCAUUGUCUUCCAGCCAAUAUAUGAAAUACAAUCAUAAUUGACUGUAGCGCAUAUAAAACACACACAGCAGCUAUGUGUGGUUCCAUGAUGACUGAAAACACAACCGUGGGACGAACGAGUGACGAAUCUCCGGGCAAGGAAUUUAUUCCUCCCCCACCCAUUGCCUGGCAAGUGUCAAUUCGUCAUACUUCAUGAUACGUCUUCUGAACUGUCCACUUAAUUUGAGGGCUGAGGGGAGAGGGUGUGUCUUUCACUUGUUUGGAACACAGCCAAGUAGGGAAUUCAAGAAGUGAUGUUUCUGUGGAUGCUCCAGAUGACCUUAUUACACCAUCAUAAUGAACUCAAUUCAGCGAGGAGAACUUCUACGGGGCAAAAAGUAUAUAUUUGUCAAGCGACCUCUUGAUUUGACUUCCAAAUGCAGUAUCUGAGACCUGCAUUUAUAGUAUUGACUGAUGACCUAUUUAGCUAUCACUACAUCACUGUUUCUUGACUAGACACAUAUUUCCAUGCGCCCUCUUCCUCUCUCUCUAGAACACAUCCACGCUCACACACAUGUACACACGUGCAUUCAGGCAUUCUUACUCUCGCUCUCUGUCUAUCACCAACACACACAGACACACACACCCGCAUUCAUACGCAUUCACACUACCUCAUGAAAAAAGGAAGUUGUAGAGAAUAUAAAGAACAUACUUUGAUCUAACUAGGCGGUCCAGCUGACAUACUGUAUCUUUGGAACAGAAAGAAGGACAGUGACUUCGGUGACUCAGCUGAAAACCAACAAACAGACACAACGGAGGAGUGACAUUUUAGAUCAAAGGUGCAUGUUGUGUUAGACUAUCUACUCCCCAAUUGAUGAUGACGCUUCCCACAAACUCCACCGAUGACACCCUCCCUCAGUGUGUUGUCAAUGACCAGAUGGAGCCUUUCAGCGUGCUCUACAUCCUGGUCUUUCUCACCAGCAUAGCUGCCAACCUGGUGGCUCUGUGGGUGUUCAUACACAGCUACAAUGACAAGAAGAGCAUCAAUGUCUACCUGGUCAAUCUCCUGACCGCUGACCUCCUGCUCACCCUGGCCCUGCCCUUCAAGGUGGCCAAAGACCUGGGUGUGGCACCCUGGGGCUUCAUGGUCUUCCACUGCCAGAGCUCCAGACUGUUCCGUAUACAAGAAGUGGGCUUCGCCAGGCUGAUGUCAGUGACGGUGUGGCUACUUGUGCUCCUCAUCAUGGUGCCCAACAUGGCCCUGCCCAUCCAGGACGUCCCAGAGAGGAAGUUCCUGAGCUGCUCCAAGCUGAAGCAGGAGGUGGGACUCCACUGGCACGGCCUCUCAGUCUUCCUCUGUACCUUCCUGUUCCUCAACACGUCCACGGCUGUCCUCGUCUCCAACGGUCUGGUGCUAAAGAGGUUGCUGGCGAGCAGGAAUGACCCUGAACAGUGGCGCCAUGCUCGCCGUGCAACCGUCAAUGUUACGGUGGUGACGGCAGCGUACGUGGUGUGCUUCGUGCCAUACCACGUGGUACGGACGCCCUAUACGCUGGCACAGACCGAGGUCAUCACUCCAGACUGCCAGACCAAGAGGCACCUCUUCCUGGCCAAGGAGUCCACAUUACUGCUGGUGGUGCUGCAUCUCUGCCUGGACCCCGUGCUCUACUACUACUUCUCCAAGGCAUUCAGACAGAGCGUCAGGAAGGUGUUCACGAGUAGGAGGAGCAGACGGGAUUCGAACACCAUCCCAAGCCAGUGAAGACUUGAAGCUACAGCCAAUAACUGCCAAGGAGUAGGAGAGAGAGAGGGGGUGACAGAGAUAAAGAAACAGAGAAUGACCGCCGUAUGAAAAACAUUUUACAAACCACUUUACAAUAGUGGUUGUGGUUGUCUAGGCCUGUAGGACUAGACAAAAAAUAUUCUUCGCUGUGAGGUGUUUUAUGCAGUGCCAUGAUGUUGUGAUGUUAUGAUUGCAUUGUUUUACAUUUCACUGUUGCAUGAUCACACUGAAUUAAAGUAACAGAUGAUUGCUUCUUU